CGUCCAACCGGCGUCGACCUAUAAAAGCCGGGGCGUUGACGUCAGCGGUCUCUUCCGCCGCAGCCGCCGCCAUCGUCGGCGAGCCUCCCUCUUCGCCUCUGCCUGUGAGAAUCCGUCGCCAUCUGCCACCAUGGUGAACUUCACGGUAGACCAGAUCCGUGCCAUCAUGGACAAGAAAGCCAACAUCCGGAACAUGUCUGUCAUCGCUCACGUGGACCAUGGCAAGUCCACGCUGACCGACUCCCUGGUGUGCAAGGCCGGCAUCAUUGCCUCUGCUCGAGCCGGGGAGACACGCUUCACUGACACACGCAAGGACGAGCAGGAGCGCUGCAUCACCAUCAAGUCCACGGCCAUCUCCCUCUUCUAUGAGCUCUCCGAGAACGACCUCAACUUCAUUAAGCAGAGCAAGGAUGGCUCGGGCUUCCUCAUCAACCUCAUCGACUCCCCUGGCCACGUGGAUUUCUCCUCUGAGGUGACAGCUGCUCUGCGUGUCACUGAUGGCGCUCUGGUGGUGGUGGACUGUGUUUCCGGUGUGUGCGUGCAGACAGAGACCGUGCUGCGGCAGGCCAUAGCUGAGCGCAUCAAGCCUGUGCUGAUGAUGAACAAGAUGGACCGCGCCCUGCUGGAGCUGCAGUUGGAACCGGAGGAGCUCUACCAGACCUUCCAGCGCAUCGUCGAGAACGUCAACGUCAUCAUCUCCACCUACGGCGAGGGCGAGAGUGGGCCAAUGGGCAACAUCAUGAUUGACCCCGUCCUGGGCACCGUCGGCUUCGGCUCUGGCCUGCACGGCUGGGCAUUCACUCUGAAGCAGUUUGCCGAGAUGUAUGUGGCCAAGUUCGCAGCCAAGGGUGAGGGCCAGCUGGGGCCAGCCGAGCGGGCCAAGAAAGUGGAGGACAUGAUGAAGAAGCUGUGGGGAGACAGGUACUUUGACCCAGCCAACGGCAAGUUCAGCAAAUCAGCCAACAGCCCUGACGGGAAGAAACUGCCCCGCACCUUCUGCCAGCUCAUCCUGGACCCCAUCUUCAAGGUGUUCGACGCCAUCAUGAACUUCAGGAAGGAGGAGACGGCCAAACUUAUUGAAAAGCUGGACAUCAAGCUGGACAGCGAGGACAAGGACAAGGAGGGCAAGCCGCUGCUCAAGGCCGUGAUGCGCCGCUGGCUGCCUGCCGGGGACGCCCUGCUGCAGAUGAUCACCAUCCAUCUGCCGUCCCCCGUCACUGCGCAGAAGUACCGCUGCGAGCUGCUCUACGAGGGGCCACCUGACGACGAGGCUGCCAUGGGCAUCAAGAGCUGUGACCCCAAAGGCCCUCUCAUGAUGUACAUUUCCAAGAUGGUGCCCACCUCAGACAAAGGCCGCUUCUAUGCCUUUGGUAGAGUGUUCUCUGGGGUGGUGUCCACGGGCCUGAAGGUCCGCAUCAUGGGCCCCAACUAUACGCCUGGGAAGAAGGAGGACCUGUACCUGAAGCCCAUCCAGAGAACCAUCCUGAUGAUGGGCCGCUAUGUGGAGCCAAUCGAGGACGUGCCCUGCGGGAACAUUGUGGGGCUGGUCGGGGUAGACCAGUUCCUGGUGAAGACUGGGACCAUUACUACCUUUGAGCAUGCUCACAAUAUGCGAGUGAUGAAGUUCAGUGUCAGCCCUGUCGUCAGAGUGGCGGUGGAGGCCAAGAACCCAGCUGACCUGCCCAAGCUGGUGGAGGGGCUGAAGCGGCUGGCUAAGUCCGACCCCAUGGUGCAGUGCAUCAUUGAGGAGUCCGGGGAGCACAUCAUAGCUGGCGCGGGCGAGCUGCACCUGGAGAUCUGCCUCAAGGACCUGGAGGAAGACCAUGCUUGCAUCCCUAUCAAGAAAUCUGACCCUGUCGUCUCAUACCGUGAGACAGUAAGUGAGGAGUCAAACGUGCUGUGUCUGUCCAAGUCCCCUAACAAGCACAACCGGCUGUACAUGAAGGCCAGGCCCUUCCCUGAUGGCCUGGCUGAGGACAUCGACAAGGGCGAAGUGUCUGCCCGCCAGGAGCUCAAGGCUCGGGCUCGCUACCUGGCUGAAAAGUAUGAGUGGGAUGUGGCCGAGGCUCGCAAGAUCUGGUGCUUUGGGCCUGAUGGUACCGGGCCCAACAUUCUCACUGACAUCACCAAGGGCGUGCAGUACCUGAAUGAGAUCAAGGACAGCGUCGUGGCCGGCUUCCAGUGGGCCACGAAGGAGGGUGCUCUUUGUGAGGAGAACAUGCGUGGCGUGCGCUUCGAUGUUCAUGAUGUGACGCUGCAUGCGGAUGCCAUCCACCGAGGCGGUGGGCAGAUCAUCCCCACGGCGCGCCGCUGCCUCUAUGCCAGCGUGUUGACUGCACAGCCCCGCCUUAUGGAGCCUAUCUACCUGGUGGAGAUCCAGUGUCCUGAGCAAGUUGUGGGUGGCAUCUACGGGGUCCUGAACAGGAAGAGGGGCCAUGUGUUCGAGGAGUCCCAGGUGGCUGGUACCCCCAUGUUUGUGGUCAAGGCGUACCUGCCUGUCAACGAGUCCUUUGGUUUCACAGCCGAUCUCCGCUCCAACACUGGUGGCCAGGCAUUCCCCCAGUGUGUGUUUGACCACUGGCAGAUCCUGCCUGGGGACCCAUUUGACAACAGCAGCCGCCCCAGUCAAGUCGUGGCUGAGACCCGCAAGCGUAAAGGCCUGAAGGAGGGCAUCCCUGCGCUGGACAACUUCCUGGACAAGCUGUAGACAGCCUGCCCAUCAGAAAACACCUUGAGACUGUCCCCACAGUGCCACUCUGGAGGCUGCUGGGGCCAUCCUGCCAUCGCUCAGCACUAACACUUGAUGCCAAUUCUAUUUAUUUCGGAAUUACAAGGCAACAGGCGAUUCCCUCCCACGGGCUGGACUGGCGGGCCGUGGGGUGGAUGGGAAACGGCUCUUUAUCAUUUUCAGAGGGAAAUGCACAGAUGUCCAAAAAUCUAAAUAAAUGCAUUCAGAGGUUUA